AUGCUCUGCGCCCUAUGCUCUGCGCCCCAUGCUCUGUGCCCCAUGCUCUGUGCCCCAUGCUCUGUGCCCUAUGCUUUGCGCCCCAUGCUCUGUGCCCCAUGCUCUGUGCCCCAUACUCUGUGCCCCAUGCUCUGUGCCCCAUGCUCUGUGCCCCAUGCUCUGUGCCCCAUGCUCUGUGCCCCAUGCUCUGUGCCCCAUGCUCUGUGCCCCAUGCGCCCCAUGCUCUGUGCCCCAUGCUCUGUGCCCCAUGCUCUGUACCCCAUGCUCUGUGCCCCAUGCUAUGUGCCCCAUGCUCUGUGCCCCAUGCUCUGUGCCCCAUGCUCUGUUUGGGAGGAGGGCAGGAGAAAGAAAUUCGAGGGUGGAGUGUCGUCCACUGCGGCAUGUCUCAACCUCUCUCCCUCUCCCUCUCCUCCUUCCUUUCUCUCUGCCCGCCGCUCCGUUCCCCUGUUCCUCCUCGCAGGGGGGGUGCACACCGCCAUGCACAGCAUAGCGGAGUGCAUGGCAGCACUCUCCGCCGCGCCCUUCCUCAUCUCCGCUGUGGGGGAUGACGCUGCUGGCAGGUCGCAAUGCUGCUCUGCUCUGCUCCCCAUGCCACUCCCCUCCUCCUCUCCUGCUCCCCUCCAGCCUGCCACUGUCCACCCCCCCCCUCUCUCACGACCCUCUACGCCCAUGGCUCACCCUUUCUCCCCCUCAUCCUUGCUUCACCUCAUUUCCCUCCCUACUUCACCUCAUUUCCCUCCCUGCUUCACCUCAUUUCCCUCCCUGCUUCACCUCAUUUCCCUCCCUGCUAUCCCUGCUUGUACCCUCCUGCUUCCCUUAUUUUCCCCCCAGCUUCCCCUCAUUUCCCUCCCUCGACCCCCCCCGCUUCCCCUCAUUUUCCCCACUGCUGCCCCCUCAUUUCCCUCCCUUGCUUUCCCUUGUUUCCCCCCCUGCUUCCCCUCGUUUCCCCCCUUGCUUUCCCUCGUUUCCCUCCCUGCUUCCCCUAGUUUCCCCCUCUUCUUCACCUCGUUUCAUCUUCCUAUCUCACACUUUCCCUCUCCCCCUCUUCCUAUCUCCCCUCUUCCCUAUCCUCCCUCUUUUUACGGUACUUACGUCUUUCCCUCUCAGCCCUGCUUUCCUCUCCCCCCUCUUCCCUAUCUCCCCUAUUUGACUUUAGUCUUGUUCCCCCUCCCCAUCCCUCGUAUUCCCUCCCUCUACCUGGGUAGUGCAGUGACAACAAUGAAGAUUUUCUGGCACUGCAACUUGCCGAAGCCCAUCAUCCCAUCCCUCAUGAUUUUUUCAAGUCCUUGA